AUGGACAAGGGAAAAGGGAAGACAGAUGCUGGACUGAAGAGCCUCAACCAUUAUCAGAAGAAACUCCCGGCAUGGAGAUACACAUUACGGCAAAACACCCUGCCGCUCGUUCGAUGGGAGACUCCCUAUCUCGCCUGGCUACAGGAGAGGAUGCGCACUCCUUCGCUCGAUUCCUGGUUUGCGAUCACGGCUAACCUGGGCACGCACACGUUUUACAUGGUCAUGCUACCGAUUUUGUUCUGGAGCGGGUAUACAGGCGUUGGUCGGGCGGUCGUUCAUCUACUUGCGGCCGGCGUUUUCUUUAGUGGGUUUAUGAAAGAUUUACUAUGUCUGCCACGGCCGCUCUCCCCUCCGCUACAACGAAUUACGAUGUCAGGGUCGGCAGCGCUGGAAUACGGGUUCCCUUCUACACAUUCGACCAACGCGGUGUCCAUCGUCGUGUAUGCGCUGCACUCUCUACAGUCGCAGACGGACCUCUCGCCGCUUACCUCGACCUUACUCCAGACCGGACUGUACAUAUACGUGACCUCCAUCGUCAUAGGGCGGUUAUACUGCGGCAUGCACGGCUUUCUCGACGUAGUUGUCGGCAGCAUUCUCGGCGCACUGCUAGGCUUUGUACAAUGCUUCUACGGCCCGACGUUCGAUGACUAUUUAUUCUCCGGCGGGAUACAGGAAGUGUUUAUCAUCUUCCUCGUUAUAAUCGUGCUGGUCCGCGUGCAUCCCGAGCCUGCUGACUCGUGUCCCUGUUUCGACGAUAGUGUAGCCUUCGCAGGCGUCUUCGCGGGCGUCGAGUUGGGAAAUUGGCAUUUUGCGAGGUCUAUAUACUCGCUUUCGGUGCCGACGCCGGGAACUGUGCCGUUUGACCUGCGGCGCAUGGGCUGGAUUAUAGCCAUUUUACGGAUUGUUAUUGGGGUGUUGAGUAUUGUGGUAUGGAGGGAGGUUAUGAAGCCUGCGCUUCUGAGGUUUCUCCCGCCUCUGUUCAGGAUUAUAGAGCGGCUCGGGCUGAGUUUACCUAGACGGUUCUUCAAGCGUGCAACAGAGUACAACCGCAUCCCGAACCAGCUCAAAUACGACGACGUCAUGCCCAACGUCUCCGAUAUACCGUCCAUGCUCACCUCCAUCCGCCACCCACGACGACGAGCCAUCUCGAUCGGCCCCCAGUCCGAAGCCGAUGCAUACGAGGCAAUCGCCUACCGCCAGCAACGCCGACGAACGAGCGCUGCAUCGGAGAACCAACCACCUUCGCCGCUGCCAGAGAAGGGUAACCAGAGCCAGAACCAGACACCUACCACACGGCCUAAACGGGGCAUAUCGAAUGCAUCACAACCGCGAUCGCCUUCUAGAAGCCUUGAUGAUUAUGAACACAUGAUGGGAACGAGUGCACAGAGUUAUGAAGAAGGAGGCGCAAAGACCGAACCCUUCCCUAAUGGAAAUAUGACGAAUGACGCGCUUGAAGCAGAGGAGGAGAAGGAUAUGUUUUCUAAAAUCACGCCGCCUCGCGUGCGCUAUGAUGUAGAGGUCGUCACGAAGCUGAUUGUUUAUUCUGGGAUUGGCUUGCUAGCCGUAGAGGGCAGCCCCAUGCUGUUCCACUUCCUAGGGCUCGACUAA